GUCCCCGACAGCUUGGCCGGUCAGGAGCCUGGGCACCCAUCGAAGCUGCAGAUGAUGCUGGAGAGCAGCAGUGGCCUCCAGCCCACGAGCCUGCAUGGAAGGCAGAUUCGCUACAGCCAGAUCAGCUUGCCUCAGACGACCGGGCCGAAGAGGAAUCGACCUUUGAAUCGAGCACUGGAGCUCAUGGAAG